GCCCCUCCCCGGGUUUCCUUACAACGUCAAGGUAAGAUUGGAGGAGGUGGAGGAUAUACCGGGUUCAUGUGGAACUCGAAGAACGUAUCAUGUGGUUGCAUUGUGUCACCAGAAACUUUGGAAGCAUGUAUCGGGAAGGGGAUUGCGAGGUGGGUGAAGGGAAGGAAGGAACCGGUGAAACGAAGGGACAUGGAGAAAUGUUAUGGGCAAUGGGAUUCAGCACAAACUCUGGCCAUGACCACAAACGAGGUAAGGAGGGUGUUCCGGAAGUAUACCAGACUGGUGGUUGUGCCUAUUGACCAGAAUCCGGAGGCAACACUACUUCUUUGUCCGAUGCUGUAUCACCGGGCAUGUGUCGAGACAUUUAACUGCAACACAAGUUUCCGAGUACUGCAAAAAUCCGAGGCUCAAAUUAUCGCAAGGAUGAAGGAUGAGUAUGUACGAAGGGGGUUGGACAGAAUCGCACGAUGGCAAAUAGGUGGGAAGAUAGGACAGGCGUACAUACUGCCGAAAGACAAGGACUUGGGAAGGUGGAGACCAAUCUCACCAAGUACCUUUGAUCCGGCGCGACUGGCUGCAACAAGGGUGGGUAAAGCAAUUCGCUUUAUGCUUUUUGGGAUAAAGAGGGCGGAUCACUUUGAUCUGAAGUCGAUGGAUGAGAUGGGAGAGUGGUGUAAGGGAGUAGAAGGAAAGUUGAGGGCGUGUGGGGAUGGAGUUCUGGCCCGGAGUUAUGAUAUUAAAGACAUGUUUGCACGGUUGUCUCACGAAAGCGUGCUAGAUGCGGUGGAAUGGGUGACGAGAUACCAUGAGAAGAAGGGAAUGAAAGGAGUAAAGGUGAGCUUGAGAGGAAAGAUGUGUGCAAUGGUUAAGAGAAUGCGGAAGGAGGAGGGAUUCACGGUAAUAUCGUUUGAUGAUGUUAGGAAGGAGGCAGAAUUCGAGCUGUCACAGUCCUUUGUUAAAUGUAUCGGGAACGUGUUGUCGCAACAUUUUGGAAUUCCGAUGGGGAGGAAUUCGAGUCCGUCUCUGGCACGUUUAGUCUGUGCGAAGGCCGAGUCCGCAUUCAUGAGGAGGACGUAUGAAGUUGGACUUACGGUAAGAGGAAUGCGGAUGAUCGACGAUGUAGCCGUGAUGGUCGGGUUCGCACCAGGUAUCUCUGAGACUUUUCGAAGGGUUGUCCAGAUGUUAGACGAAUUUGAACGGUGUUAUGAUGAGAAUCUCAAGCUGGUUCGGAAAGACGAGGGUGGGAAUGCGUUUGACUUUCUGGGAAAUCGGGUUAUCAUCGAGAUAGAGCCAGUAAGAGUGAAUGUGUUACCCAGAACGAAGAAGGACGCCUGAAGGUGCAGUCGAUACAAGAUUUUGCUUCGUUUACAAGAAAGGCAUCCAAGAAGGCAACGAUUUAUACGGCCCUGGUCCGGAUGAACCGAAUCUG